CCUUUCUUUCUCUUUCUCUUUUCCCUCUCUCUCCCUUUCUCUUUCUGUAACACUCUCUUGUUUGAUGUGAUUCUCCACUAUUCGCUCACAAAAACGCAACAAACCUUUACAAAAAGGAAAAGAAAGAAGCAAGGAAACCAUGGUUUUUACCUCCAUCCCAGCUUAUCUUGAUCCAGCCAACUGGCAACAACAUCCGAAUCAUCAAGCUGGUGCGAGUAGCGGUGCAAGCGCCCAUCAGCUUCCCCCUCCCCCACCACCACCACCACCUCCACAGCCUCAUGGAGGAGGUGGGGCCGGCUCGAUCCGGCCGGGUUCGAUGGCCGAUCGAGCUCGUAUGGCCAACAUACCGAUGCCAGAAGCAGCAUUAAAAUGCCCAAGAUGUGAAUCAACUAACACAAAGUUUUGCUACUUCAACAACUACAGUCUCACACAGCCUCGUCACUUUUGCAAAACUUGUAGAAGGUACUGGACUAGAGGAGGUGCCCUAAGAAAUGUUCCGGUUGGAGGUGGAUGCCGUAGGAACAAAAGAAGCAAAGCCGGAAGUAGCUCUAAAUCUCCUGUCAGCGGCGACCGACAGACAGCUUCCGGUUCCUCGAGUAUAAUUUCUUCAAAUAGUGGAAGCACUGCUGAUAUUUUAGGCCUUGGACCUCAGCUUCCUCCCCUGAGGUUCAUGGCUCCUUUGCAUCAUCUUUCCGAAUUUGGUGGCAGCGAUAUUGGGUUGAAUUAUGGGACAAUUUCAGCUCCACUUGGAGGAGCAAGUGACUUAACUUUUCAAAUAGGAAGUGCUUUAGCAAGUGGAGGAGCUGGUGGGGGAGGUGGUGCUGCAGCUGCUCCUGGUACUUCUUUUUUGACUAUGAGUGGUUUGGAUCAAUGGCGGCUACAGCAACAAGCGCCGCAAUUUCCCUUCCUAGGUGGCUUGGAAUCUUCUUCUGGGUUGUAUCAAUUUGAAAGCGGGGGUGUCGAGCCAUCGGGUUAUGGAGGUGGAGCUGGUCAUCAGGUUCGGCCUAAGAUAUCAAGCUCAUCGGCAACCCAGUUGGCUUCAGUGAAAAUGGAAGACAAUAAUCAGCAGGAGCUGAAUUUGUCAAGGCAAUUUUUGGGGGUUCCAGGAAAUGAUCAGUACUGGAGUGGAACUGCAUGGACAGAUCUUUCCAGCUUCAGCUCUUCAUCCACUAGCAAUCCUUUAUAAAUUUGGUUUCUCUCUAUCUCUCUCUCUUUUCGAGAGCCUCGUGCUGAAGCUUCGGUUUUUUUGUUAGUGUAGCUUCAAUUAAAGAAAAAUUAACUAUGAUGAAGACAAAGUUACUCACUUUCCAACUCCAUAUGGCAUCAGUGAUCAAACCUGCAGACACCUUAUCCAAAGAUGGAUCAUCGAGGACUUAGCUCCUCAAAAAUCAACUAAAACCCUAGAAUUGGUAGGCUUUUUUCUUUCUUCUUCUUUUACUAGAAUUGGUAGAUUUCAAUGUAUGAGCAUGUUUUUCGAUGGUGAGUGUAUCAGUUUCUGAAGCUUCUUGUAUCGGGCAUAUACUGAUGAUAUGCACUAAGCAAAAUAUAUCUGUUUUAAGUCCUAUCAUAU